UUUCAACAAAUGCUUAUCGAUCGAUCAUGAAUUAGUCAACGGACAUAUUACAAAGCUGACUCGACACGUUACAGAUCCGAAACAAGCAGAUGAAAUUAAGAAUAUCCUUCAUCACCAUGAGAAACUCUUCGACACAAGCAAACCUGCGAUUGCUGUUAAUGUCAAACCACAUGAAAUCAAGACACUUGAUUAUCCUCCACCGACAUCGAGACCGUACUAUUCAACGCCGCAAAAAGAAGAAGAAAUGUACAACAUCGUUCAAGAUCUUCUGCAGCAUGGUCUUAUUCGCAAGUCAUAUUCUCCAUUUGCAGCACCAGCAUUACUGGUUGCUAAGCAUGAUGGAUCAUGGCGCAUGGUGGUGGAUUACAAGAAAUUGAACAACAUGACAAUCAAAGACAACCAUCCGUUACCGAACAUGGAACAAACAAUAAGACGAUUAGGUGGUGGAUACAAAUUCUUCUCCAAAUUAGAUAUGAAGAGUGGAUUUUGGCAAAUCCCAAUCAAGGAAGAAGACAAGCACAAGACAGCAUUUAUCACAGCUGAAGGAUUAUACGAAUGGAACGUAUUAGCUCAAGGAUUGAAGAACAGCCCACCGUCAUAUCAACGAGUGAUGGCUGAAAUAUUGGCACCAUGUCGACAGUUUGCAUUGGUCUACAUCGACGACAUCGUGGUGUUUUCUCGUUCAUUCGAAGAGCACGUGGAACACACCCAACAACUGUUAUCCAUUCUAUCCAAGUACAACUUUCAACUCAAUCCACCGAAAUGCAAAUUAUUUCAACAGGAAAUUGAAUAUUUAUCUCACGUCAUUUCCGAGAAGGGAUUUCAACCGAAUGAUGAAAGAAUGCGAUCGAUCAAGAAUUUAAAGGAACCCUCUACCCUGUUAGAGGCGAACACGUUCCUGGGAGGUUUAUCAUGGUACAGGAAGUUUAUUCCUAGAUUUGCAUCGAUAACUGCACCGAUACAUAAAGUAACAAAUUUGACCAAAGAGAAUAAAAAGAAUUUCAGAUGGGAAGCUGCACAACACGAAGCAUUCUUAAAAUUAAAACAAUAUUUGGUGGCUUCUCCAUUAUUCCUUGUUUAUCCAAACAAUGAUUAUCCAGUUAUUUUGACGACAGAUGCAUCGAAAAUAAGUAUUGGUGGAACGUUACAACAGAAAAUUAACGGUGAGAUGAAUAAUCUCUAUUAUCAUUCUCAAGUGACGUCCUCCACUCAAAAGAGAUAUGAUCCGAUCGAAUUAGAAGCGUUGGCCAUCUGA